GCACUUUAAGCCGUGGGUUCCGGUCAUUAUCCAUACUAAUAAUGUAAAUGCGAAAGUAAGUCUGUCUGACUGUCUGUCUAUCUGUUACCUUUUUACGGCUUAAUGGCUGAACCGAUCAAGAUGAAUUUUAGUAAAAUGGUAAAUGGGACCUUGUAGCAAAACAUAGACUACUUUUUGACCCUAAAAUAAAAAUAAAAAGGGGUGUAUUUCACCCUCUUUUAAACUUUUUUAAAGAUACGAAAAUAAAUAAAAUAUGUAAACACUAGCUGACGCCGCGCGGUUUUACCCGCGUAGUUUUCGCUCCCGUAGGAAUUCGGGAAUACAUUAUAGCCUAUAGCCUUCCUCGAUAAAUGGGCUAUCUAACAUUGAAAUGAUUUUUCAUAUCGGACCAGUAGAUUCUGAGAUUAGCGCGUUCAAUCAAACAAACAAACUCUUCAGCUUUUUAUUAUUAGUAUAGAUAGAACUUUCUGGUCUUGAAAUAUUCUAUGAUUUUUUUUUUUUAUCUACAGACAUAUUGAAUUACAAUACAAAAGGAUUUUUUUAUAGAAUUAGAGUAUAAUAUGCUAUUGUAAUUAUUUUCAUCUAAAUAUUUUUUAUUUACUUCUUAUUUUUAUAAUAAAUAAAAUUACAAUUUCACUUUAACCUGAAGUUUUGGAAUUAUUUAUAAAUAAACUGAAGUUGGAAUUUUGUCUAUGGAUGGUUCGACUGAAUGCGCGCGAGAUUACACAAUAUUUAAAUUGACGUUGCGACGAAAAUUUAUAACAAACAAAAUGUAUUAACAAAUUAUAGUAUGAUUUUCUUUUUGUUGUUAAGAAUGGUAGCCAGAGUCGGUAUAAAUGGAUUUGGUCGUAUAGGCAGAGUGAUAUUUCGAACUUGUAUGCAAAGUAAAGAAUUAGAAGUUAUAGCAAUAAAUGAUCCUGCAAUAGAUGUCGAGUACAUAUGCUAUUUAAUUAAAUUUGACUCAACGCACGGAAAAUUCAAAAGUGCGGUCACGUUUUCAGCUGACGAAAUCUCUAUAGACGAUAAAACAAUUAAGGUUUUCAGCGAGAAGUUUCCCUCAAAAAUUCCAUGGCACUCCGUAAACGUGCAAUACGUGGUCGAAGCUUCUGGAAUGUUCACUAGUCUAGAAAAGGCUUCGUGUCACCUUACAAGUCAGUCUAUCAAAAGGGUAUUAGUGACAGCACCGACACUUGAUAUCCCCAUGCUUAUUUUAGGAGUAAAUGAAGAACAAAUUAAUGCGGAACAUAAAGUGAUAUCCUGUGCAUCAAGUACUUUAUAUUGUUUGGCGCCUAUAGUGAAAAUAUUGGAGGACAACUAUGGCGUAUCGGAAGGCUUCAUUACCAGCAUUCACGCCAUGACGCCAUCUUUGAAACCUUUGGACGGAUUGUGUAUAAAGGGAAAGCACUGGCGCGACCACAGAAGCAUUCACCAGAACAUAAUCCCAGCAGCCACGAGUGCUUGCAAGGCCUUGCAGAUAAUAAUACCCUCAGUGAAGGACAAGUUAGCGGGGCUGGCGUUCAGAGUUCCCAUCGUCAAUGUAUCAGUCUUAGAUAUCACUGUAAGGUUAACAAAAAAUACGACCAUACAAGAUAUAAUAAAAUGUGUAGAAGCGGAAAGUAAAUCAACUAUGAAGAAUAUAAUAAAAACAUCGAAAGACCAACAGGUGUCUUCCGAUUUUAUGGGCGAAGAAAACUCAUGCAUUUUAGACAUUAAUUCAAGUUUACAAUUAAACCCAAAUUUCUUCAAACUGAUCUGCUGGUAUGAGAACGAAUAUUCAUAUGCGUGUCGAGUAGUCGGUUCGAUAAUAUAUUCCGAGGAAACUUAUAAAAAGUCAGUGAAAAACACACUGGUAAAUUUAAAUUACAAAAGCAUAUCAAACCAGUCAGUCCUGAAAAGACCAACGCCUAGCUUCAAAAGAGUAUAUGAAAUAUGUAACUGCUGUACACAAAAGAACCCAAAAAUAUUGAAUACAAUUCAAAAAUCUGGUCUGCAAACUACUGUACUGUCCCAACAACAAACAUAUAAUAAACAUCGGGCUUCGCCACUUCGAACCUUGAGAUCUGAUCCAUUAGCUUUAAAAGACAAUGGAAUUUUCAAAGUAUGGAAUGAUGAAAAACAAAUAUCAAAGCCUGUGAUUAAAGAAAAUAGAAAUUCGUUCUUCGAAAACUGUGAGACAUCAGGGCCAGCGUAUAUACAAAACAACAAUUACGUAAAUAAUAAAGAGAGAUUAGAGGAAGUAAAGAAAGAAUUCUCCAAAAUGGUGGAAAUAACUGAGACCUUAUUAAAAAAAUCUAGCCAAAGUAGUCGUGAGAUAAAUAUUUUAGAAGGGAAAAUUGAAAAAGAAGAAGACAUGAAAGAUACGGAAAAAAUAUUUGCAAAAACACUGGUAAUAUCACCUACAGUCAGCAAAAGAUUUCCUACGAAUGGAGUUUUCCAAACCGAUAUUAGUACAAUUUAUAAAAAUGUAUUUAAAACUCAAAUAAAAGAAAACUGCAACAUUUUAUUGGAUAUUAAUACUACUGAAUUGAAUACAACUUCAAACGCAGACUAUAAAAAAAUAAAUAAUCAAUUAAAAAGAACAUGUAAUGCUAUAGCUCCUGUUAAUUUAGUAACUCAUCGCCAGUUACACAAUUUAGAUUACGACUGCAAUAACGAAAAAGUAUGCGAUGAUAUGGCCACUCAACAAAAUUUUAGAUUUAAUUUAGAAAAUUGUUCCUGUGUUACUAAAGAAAAUAAUAUAAGAACUGACUCUUCGUUUAACAAAUCUGAUCUGGGAAAUUUUAAUCUUUGCAAGAAGCUGUGUAAACAUGAUUUUCAGAAAGAUCUAAAGAACUUAAAUCGUGCACAAAAUUGUUUAGAUAUUGUAUUAAAGAAUAACAGUAAGCAUUGUUUUGAAAUAACAGAUAAGAGUGAUAUAAAUAGGGCAGAAUUAAUUGACUCCGCCCACGAAAACAAUAACUUUUCUAACAGGAAUGUAAUACGAAAGACAAUAAUACAGCAAAUAUUAAAAAUGUUGACCGAACAGUCAAUGGAAGAGACAACUCGUAGUCCAAGUCUCGUAGAGACUUCCACAACAAUAAGUGCCAGGAAUAUUAAUAAAGGUUUAGAUAUAUAUGAUAAAAUAGACAGUGCAAGUGCUACGGACUCUGAAAACUCAUUCCAAAUCAAUGAAAAGACUUCUGAAGUCAUUGAUCUGACAGAUCUGACCAGUUCUGUGGAAGAUUUGGAACGUCUGGACAAGAUAUGCAGAAUCAUCGAGAUAUCCGAUGAAAUGUCCGAUAAAUUAUUUUCAGCAUUGAACAAUAAAAACAAUAAUACAAGACAGACAAAGUGGUCUUUUAAAGAUUUGUGUGAAAGGUUAAAAUUAGAUGAUUUUUGCAACAAUGUGUUUGGACGACCAAAUUGCUACAGUGAAUAA